AUGAAUUAUACAGACCCAAAUUUUGAGCCCAGUAAAUUAACUGCGGCUUCUUUACGUAAAAUAUUGGCUGAAAAUGACAUCCCAUUUUCAUUGAAUGCAAAGAAAAAAGAAUUACUUUCAAUAUUUAAAAAAGAGAUCAAUAAUAUUAACGCCACAGAUAAAAAUAUCAAUUUAAAAAACUCACAAACUGUUAGUGAUACUGGAUCCGAUUAUGAAGAGGAUGAAGAUCAAAAUGAACAAGGUCAAGAUCAAGAGGGGGGGAAUGAAAACCUAGCACCUGAAAUAGUUAUUAAGGUAGCAGACAUUAAUGGUUCUGUUACACCCAAAAAGAGAAAACUGAGAAAAUCUGCGAGGGCAUCCCAAAAAGAAGUAAGAGAAGAUGCUAAUAAAAAUAAUAAUGAUUCAAGUUCUAUUAUAGAUUUUACCAGGGAAUCAAGCGAUAUUGAUGGCUUAGAAAUUAUUGGAGAGUCUAGAAAGUCAAGCGGUGUGUUGGCUAGCCCGAAAUUCUCUCCUUCGACUAUUAUUCCAAAAAAGAGAACUAUUGAAGAAUCACAGAAAGACAAUAAUGAAAAUGGCAAUGGCAAUGUUUAUUUGAAUAAUGGUAAUAAGGAUACCAAUAAUAAUGCUAACAAUGCUCACAACAGAAAAUUUAGUGAUGUGACUGAUUUAUUGGUUAGAAAAAAAAAAAUGUUAAAAAGUGAUAUCACAGUUGCUGAUGACAGCUUUUCAAAGAAUAAAAGAUCUUUUAGUUCUCCUAUUACCGAUAAAGUUUCUCGUAAAAAAACUACUAGUGUAUCGCCUCACAAGUCAUUGAUAAUAGACAAAUUUGAAUCAACAAAUUCCUCAUCUGAAGAUAUUUCUUUAACACAAUAUACCAAUACCAAUAUCACUGCUACUAAUGUUUUAGAUACCAAAAAGGAAACUAAUGCCAAUAAAAGUGGCACACACCAUUCGUUGAAAAAUAGAAGUUAUAGAGUCUUAUCUUCAACAAGUAAUGUGACAAACAUGAAACAAGUAGAACAAUGCGAGCAGAAAGAGAAGGAGGAAAUAAAGACAGAUAUCAGCGAAAACAAUGACAACAGUGUCAUUUAUAAACCUGUUAGGGAAAUCGACAUCAAUAAAUUAAAAUUUAAUUCACAAGUAUCUGAAGGUUUAAUUUCUCCUAGGGAAGAAAAAACUAUAUCCGAGGGAAAUGGCAUGGCUGAAGAGAAACCCAUUAUUUCUUUUGGGCAAACACCAACCUUUAAAGUCAAUAAUAACAAUCGUUCCGAAUUUAAUGAAAAUGCAUUUACUAAUGAUACUCCACAAAAAAGUUUGGAAAAUUGUUCGGAAGAGAAAAUGAGUAAAUCUAUAUCUAACAAAGAGGAUGACUCUGUAACAGAAAAGCAAAUCCAGCCGAAGAAAAAACACAAGGCAAAGAAAAACUUUAUAGAGAUUUUAGAAGACGAUUUAAAGGAAGAGAUGGGUGAAGAAGUUAGUGAAAUGGAAGACACUCCAGAAUUAGAAGAAAAUACCGAGGUUUCUACAGCCACAAAUUUACCAAGCAUGUAUGAUAAAUUGCUAUUAUCUUUAAUCGCUGUCAAUCGUUUCUUGUUUAAACUACUAAUUAAACAUUUAUUAUUUUCUAUGAUUCUUUUGCCUACAUUGUAUGGACUAUGGUAUCGUGAAAAUAAAAUAAAGGUUGGUUACUGCAAUCAUGAAAUGGAAACAACUAGGUAUGGACUCAAUUUACCAUUUCUAAAUACUGAGAAAACGACCAAGUGGAUAAACAGUGAAUAUCCCAAAUUGUCCUUUUUUAGUAAUUUCUUUGAAACUAUUGGGCAAUAUGUUGAAGAACAUAGUAACCCCCAAUGUGUGCCAUGUCCCGAUAAUGCUCUAUGUUAUCCAUAUAUGGAAUUACGAUGUAAACCAGAUUAUAUUAAAAAGCCUAUGAAUUGGUUAAGUCUAUAUGGUCUUCUUCCAAUUGGAGGAGAAUGUGUCAGAGAUCCAGCAAGAGAACACAUUAGGGACGAGAUGGUUACUAAAGCUUUAGAAUUAUUAAGGGUUAAAAAUGCGCAAUACGAAUGUGGUGAGUCCGAAGACGAUGAAUUAUGUGGGUUAACUGAUUUGGAAUUGUACCAAAUUUUUUAUGAGUCAAAAAAGCCAUGGGUAAAAGAUGAUGAAUUCAAUGAAAUUUGGGAAGCUGUUAGUGAAAACUUAAAAAAUGAACCCGAAAUAAAAUGGAGGCAAGUUAACCAGUUUACAAACAAUUCAAGUUCCAAGUGCAAAGAUACCAUUGAAAAAGUUGACUAUGAAAAGGAAAUUAUUUCAAACAAGAAAGAAUGGGACACGAGCUCCAUUGGAGCUUUUCGCUCAACAUCCAAGAAGUACACAGGUUUCAGGUGCAGAUUUGAAAGGGAAAUUUUUAAAACCUAUAGAGAGCACAGAAACAUGAUAUGUUGUAUCAUAUUAUUAUUUGUUUUUAUUAAGUGGUUGAAAUAUAGACUAAGUAAUUAUUAUAAAGAGCAAGACUUAGUUAACAAAUUGGUAAUUCAAGUUUUGGUUAAAUUACAAAAAACAAAAAAAAAUUACGAAAGUGAUUAUCGUCAAUAUCGUCCCACAACUGCUGAUGGUGACAAAGAAAAUCGCAUAUCAAUAAUGAUAGUUCCUUAUUUGAGCACUGUUCAAUUAAGAGACCUAUUGUUAAAAGACGUUGUUAAUUUAAGAUUGAAAAAUAAGAUAUGGAAUAAAGUUGUUAAGAAAUUAGAAGGCAACAACACGAAUGUGAAGUCCAGCUUAAUGGAAGUGCAUGGGGAAAUAAUGAAAGUUUGGGAAUGGAUCGGAUCAAUUUCUUACGACGAUAAUGACGAGAGUAAUAACUAA